AUGUCCUCUUCAUCUGGUGAAUCUGGUGAUCGCCCACAACGAAAAUCAAGUUUUGGUAUAACGAUUCAUCAUGAUGGUCAAAAUGAUCAAAACAGUUUAAUUCCAUCGGUAUCUCAUUUAGGACCAGGUGGUCCAGGUUACACGUCAACAGCGGACGAUGUUAAAAAUAAACGAUUAGCUGAUGACGGUCAACAACAUGUAUCAGGCAAAAUUAGCGAAGAUGAUAUUAAAAAUAGAAAACCAUAA